CGCCUCUUUCCUUCUCUCGAUGUAUAAAAUGCCGAGUCCCAAAUCGAGAGGAGUGAGAGAGCAAGUUACUCAAAAACUUACGGGAGCCAAAGGCGAGAAAUCUUUAGAGAUAUCCCACUCCCUCUUCUUCUUCUUGAAAUCGAAGAGUGGGCGGGGAGCCAUGAGCGACGGCCACCUCUUCAAUAACAUUCUCCUCGGCGGCCGCGGAGGGACUAACCCUGGGCAGUUGAGAAUACAUUCAGGAGGUAUCGCAUGGAAAAAGCAAGGAGGUGGAAAGGUUAUUGAGGUUGAAAAACGUGAUAUAUUGGGCAUGACUUGGACAAAAGUACCUAGAACAUAUCAACUUGGGGUGAGGAAUAAAGAUGGAUUGUUUUACAAGUUCACAGGCUUCAGAGAGCAGGAUGUCAGUAACUUGACAAGUUUUAUACAAAAAUAUAUUGGAGUAAUGCCAGAAGAGAAGCAGCUUUCGGUCAGUGGUCGUAACUGGGGCGAAGUUGAUAUAGAUGGAAAUAUGCUCACAUUUUUGGUAGGCUCAAAGCAAGCCUUUGAGGUUUCUCUAGCAGAUGUUUCACAAGCACAAUUGCAAGGCAAAACUGAUGUUUACUUGGAGUUCCAUGUGGAUGACACUACUGGAGCUAAUGAGAAAGAUUCACUGAUGGAUUUGAGCUUCCAUGUUCCUAACUCUAACACUCAGUUUUUGGGUGAUGAAAAUCAUCCUCCAGCUCAAGUUAUGCUAGAAAAAAUUAUGGCUAUGGCCGAUGUUGGUGCUUCUGGUGAAGGUGCUGUUGUAACAUUUGAUGGAAUCGCAGUUCUUACACCUAGAGGAAGGUACAGUGUUGAACUUCAUUUUUCAUUCUUUCGGCUCCAAGGACAGGCAACUGAUUUUAAAAUCCAGUACAGCAGUAUUGUCCGACUUUUUGUGCUGCCAAAGUCAAAUCAACCCCAUACGCUUGUUGUUGUUACCCUUGACCCACCUAUCCGCAAAGGGAACACACUAUACCCACAUAUUGUCAUUCAAUUUGAGACAGAUACUGUAGUAGAAAGGGACUUGGAGAUUAGUGAGGAGCUCUUGGCUACAAAAUACAAGGAUAGGUUGACUGCAUCAUACAAGGAUCUUAUCCCUGAGGUCUUCAGUAAGAUCUUGCGUGGUUUAUGUGGUGCGAAAAUUACAAGGCCAAGUACAUUUCGAAGUUGUCAAGAUGGAUAUGCAGUGAAAUCCUCACUGAAGGCUGAAGAUGGAGUGUUGUAUCCACUUGAGAAGGCCUUCUUUUUCCUUCCUAAACCCCCAACACUUAUUCCUUAUGACGAGAUUAUGUAUGUAGAGUUCGAGAGGCACGGUGCUGGAGGCUCAAGUGUGUCAUCUCACUAUUUUGAUCUCCUUGUAAAACUUAGAAGCGAGCAAGAACAUCUAUUUAGGAAUAUCCAGAGAAAUGAAUAUCAUAAUCUUUUCGACUUCAUGAGCGGGAAGGGUUUGAAGAUUAUGAACCUUGGAGAUGGACAAGCUACAAGUGGUGUAGCUGCUGCUCUUCAGCAUGACGAUGAUGAGGCUGUUGAUCCUCAUCUUGAACGAAUAAGAAAUCUGGCUGGUGGUGAGGAGAGUGAUGAGGAGGAUGAAGAUUUUGUUGCUGAAAAGGAUGAUGGUGGAUCUCCUACUGAUGACUCUGGAGAGGAGGAAUCUGAUGCCAGUGAAAGUGGAGAUGACAAAGAAAAACUCGUUAAAAAAGAUUCAGCAAAAGGAGUUACUGCCACUAAGAAAUCGUCUGCGAAGAGGAAGCCCAAGGAUGGAGAAGAAGAAGGUUCAAAGAAGAGAAAACAAAAGAAGAAAAAGGAUCCGAAUGCACCUAAAAGGGCAAUGUCAGGAUUCAUGCAUUUUUCGAAUGCUGAAAGAGAGAAUAUUAAGAAAAGCAAUCCAGGGAUGGCAUUUACUGAUGUUGGGAGGGCUCUUGGAGAGAAGUGGAAGAAGAUGACUGCUGAGGAGAAAGAGCCAUACGAAUCAAUGGCUCAGGCUGAUACCAAACGCUAUAAGGAGGCCAUGGCUGAUUACAAGAGUGGAACAGUAAAUGUGGGUUCCAGCGAGGACACCGAGUAGGAUCAGUGAGUGGAGAUGGCAGUUUAUGUAGCUUAGCAUCAGAUUAGAACAUUUAGCAUCAGUGAGUAGAGAUGGCAGUUUAUGUAGCUUAGCAUCAGAUUAGAACAUUUAGCAACCAUAUUUUGUCUUGUAUAAAUCCAUAGCUUUAUGUACUUACGAAUGUUAUGAACAUUAGCAGGAGCUUUCAAGGAUUCAUCGGUUUCUUGCUAGAAUUUGUGCAAAUUUCAACAGAUACUUGAUGAUAGCUUUGACGGCAACAAAUCUGAUUUGAGUUUGCACCACUUUUUUUU